UCCACUCUUUCCCACUUGGACAAACCUAAUCAUUCAAGCACCACCACAAAAAAAGAGGUCAGGCACAACAUUCCUUCACUACACAAAAAGGGUUCCUAUAAUUAUCAUUUCCUUCAAUUUCAUCACCACCCUUAAAUCUAUUUUCAGUGUCCAAAUCUUUCUACUCUAAUUUUUUUUUCUUCCCAGAAAUUUCACAAUGGCAACAGCCUCAGCAACAGUCUCACCAGCAAUGUUCACCACCACUACCACAGUGGCCAAGUCUAUGAGGAAACCAUCAAGCAAUGUGCAUUACAUUUCAGGAGUCAAUUCUUUUUCUGGACUGAAGGCUCACAAUAGUGUGGCCACUCUUGGUCUUCCUCAGUGUACUGAUCAAUCUUUUGCUAAGAUUGUGAGCUCCUUAAGAACUCCAUCGCAGAACAAGGGCAGAGGUGGAGGUGCACUAUCAUCUACCUGCAAUGCAAUUGGUGAGAUUUUCAAGAUUGCAGCAAUCAUGAAUGGACUCACUCUUGUUGGAGUUGCAGUUGGAUUUGUACUUCUCCGAAUCGAAGCAUCUGUGGAGGAGGCAGCUGAGUGAAAAUUUCAGAUGCCUACCCUUGAGUUGGUUUUCUGUUGUUUGUCAUCAUUGCCACUGUCUAUUUAAUACUUCAUUUGAUGUAGAAAUAAUUCUUUUCUGUUAUUGAAUUGAGUUGGAUAUCUAAUAUGUAAUAAGCAGAAUGUAAUUUUUGGGUUACUCAACAUGAUUAAAGGUCAUAUGGAUGACAUUUUAUUGA